CGGGCGAGCCCGGCGGGAGCGCGGAGCCCGGCGCGCCCCCUCCCUUUCGCCGCCGCUCCCGCGCCUCCACCCGGCCCCGCCGAGCGCCGCCAGCGCGCCCCGCCGCCGCCCGUCAGCGCCCCGCCGCCCGCCGAGGAGGGGAGAGCGCGACAGCCGGGAGCACGGGAGAGGGAAGGACCCUCCCUCCGCCGCGAACCCUCUUCCUCCUCCUCCUCCUCCUCCUCCCCCGCCUCCGCCUCCGCCUCCCGGCCGGGAAGAGCUCGCCGUGCCCGCAGCAGCCCCGCUGGAUGCACUGAGCGCUCGGCCGCGGGGAGAGGGGCAGGAGGGAGCCGGGAGCCCCGCCGCGGAGCCGCUGCGCUGCCCGGAGGCUCACGGCCAUCUGUUUUAAUUCUUUUAUUCCUCCCCCCCCCCCCCCCCCCCGCCCGCCGGUGGUGGCUGGCUUUGCCCCUGCCUCCUCCUCUCCGCCAGCCGAGGCGGCGGCGGGGGCUGCAAUCCCCCCCCCCCCCCUUUUUUUUUUUUAAUUUUUUUUUUUUUUUAAAAUUUCAUCGCCGCCAUGGGAUGUACCCUGAGCGCCGAGGAAAGAGCCGCCUUGGAGCGGAGCAAGGCCAUCGAGAAGAACCUGAAGGAGGACGGGAUCAGCGCUGCUAAAGACGUGAAACUCCUCCUGCUCGGGGCCGGAGAAUCGGGGAAAAGCACCAUCGUGAAGCAAAUGAAGAUCAUCCAUGAGGAUGGCUUCUCUGGAGAAGAUGUGAAGCAGUACAAGCCAGUGGUCUACAGCAACACUAUACAGUCACUGGCAGCUAUUGUACGUGCCAUGGAUACCUUGGGCAUCGAAUAUGGUGAUAAGGAACGACGGGCUGAUGCCAAGAUGGUCUGCGAUGUUGUAAGUCGGAUGGAGGACACAGAGCCCUUCUCUCCAGAGCUGCUGUCAGCUAUGAUGAGACUCUGGGCAGACUCUGGGAUCCAAGAAUGCUUCAACCGGUCCCGGGAAUAUCAGCUUAAUGACUCGGCCCAAUAUUACCUAGACAGCUUAGAUCGAAUCGGAGCUGCAGACUACCAGCCCACGGAGCAGGAUAUCCUCCGAACCAGGGUCAAAACAACUGGCAUCGUAGAAACCCACUUCACAUUCAAAAACCUCCAUUUCAGGCUCUUCGAUGUCGGGGGCCAGCGGUCAGAACGCAAGAAGUGGAUUCACUGCUUUGAGGAUGUCACAGCGAUCAUUUUCUGCGUCGCGCUGAGUGGCUACGACCAGGUGCUCCAUGAAGACGAAACCACGAACCGCAUGCACGAAUCACUGAAGCUUUUUGACAGCAUCUGCAACAACAAGUGGUUCACAGAUACGUCUAUCAUCCUCUUUCUAAACAAGAAGGACAUAUUCGAGGAGAAAAUUAAGAAAUCUCCGCUGACUAUCUGCUUUCCUGAGUACACAGGCCCAAAUUCUUUUACGGAGGCGGUGGCUUACAUCCAGGCUCAGUACGAGAGCAAGAACAAGUCCCCCAACAAGGAGAUCUACACGCACAUCACCUGCGCCACCGACACCAACAACAUCCAGUUCGUCUUCGACGCCGUCACGGAUGUCAUCAUUGCCAACAACCUGCGGGGAUGCGGACUCUACUAAAGCACUCUCCUCCCCUCCUCUCCUCGUGCCCGCCGGGAGCAUCGUCCGGUCCGGCGGACAGGUCCUCUCUCUUUCUGGUUUUUUCCUCCUCAGAAGACACUGAGGAAGAAAUACGUAAAUCCCUCCUCCCAUCCCAGAAAACUCUGCAGCAAGUUCUGCUUUCCCCAGCCCCAUUUUAUUUUAUUUUGGUUUAUUUUUGGUUCAUUCCCUUGCUGCCUUGUUCUGCUCCCCCAGUCCAAUUCACAGUGCUGUAGAGGGAGUUGAUGCGUUUCCCACAAAGUGCAUUUCAACUGCCAAAAGACAAAAAUACUUAAGUUUUAAAAAAGAAAAAUCAAAGCCUUAAAAUACUGGUCAGCAACAGUGUAGUUUGGAACCAAAAUUUUUUUUUUCUUGAAAUUAAGGAAUAUUUUUAAUUCUCCUGGUUAUUUAUCUUUUUUUUAUAACACUAUUCCUUUGGGAAGUGCUAGGUACAACAUGAUCAUUUUGAGGGUACCUUACGGCUUCAGUUCCUACCCCAAAGCCAGAGGGGUCAGUGUUGAACGCAGCCGCUGCAGUUUGGAUGUGUAUAUUCUCCUUUUUUCCAGACAGCUAUUUGAACAAGUAAAACAGCCAUAUCGAGUUCUGCUGGUGUCUGCGUAAGAGGGACACAGUAACAAAACCUACUAAGCCUUGUCUAAAAGCAGUUGUUACUGGUAACAGUUUUACCUCAAGUUUUUUCGAAAUUAACGUUAAAAUACAUCUAGUGGUUUCAGUAACCCGUUUGCUGGAUGCUGUGGAGCUGCUGGGCUGAGCGGGGCGGUGGCAGCGGAGCUUGGUGGCAUCCCGAUGGUGAUCCCACCUGGAUGCCAGCCUGGGUACCCGGUGACCUUUCCCAAAGCACCUCCCAGCCCAUGAUUUCAGCACAACUGAUGCUCCUGCAAACACGCAGCACCUUUUUCCAAACGUCAGCCCUGAAAUGCUGGGGUGCACCAAAACUAUUUAGCCCUGGCUUCUCGUCGGCAGAGUUUGACCUUCAAAUCCCUGAAAUGCGGGGAGGUGCUUUGGGGAAGCUCACCGUGCCUGGGUCACAGCGAGGUGUGCAGGAGCCUCGUGGCUCUUUAUCACACCUCAGGCACCCAAACGCCCCCGAGAAGGCCAGCCUCGCACUCUGAGCCUCCUUGGCCAAGCAGAAGCCACUAGCCCGCCUGUGUCAGCUCCUGCCUGAGCAUUCAAGGGAGGCAGCUCCUGCUUUGGUGUCUCCAGUCAGGGCAUCUCUUUACCAGUACCUAGAGUGAGAGGGAUGGUUUAUACUGGCCAUGCAGUGGUAAGGGAGAGCUCAGGGAGCUGGUUUGAGCCAAGUGAUGGAGUAGGAAAGAAAAGCGCAGGGAAGGGAAGGGAGGAAGGAAGGGCAGAGGGAGAGGUGUGGGGAGGGCAAGGGUAGCGCCCAGCACAGCAAGGUGUGGGGACGCAGAGGGGAGGACAGAUGGGGCUGGGGCCGGGCUAUGUGUGACCAUCUGCCUGCCGUCCCCAAGAGCUCCCUGUGCCGUGGGGGCGAAGGCAGAGGGCAGCGUGAGAGGUGGGCUGUCACCCCUGGGAGCAUGGAGGGACCCUUAGAAGUCCACCCCAGAAUCUCAUUUCGUGUCUGGGUGGGACAGCCGCCUCCGAGGUCCCACUUGGGACCUACCUGCACCUGGGAGCAGGUGGGCAACGCUGAUCUCUGCCUCUUCCCUGCCUCUCUUGGAAGUCUGUGAUCCUGGAAAACAUGAGUCUUUCCAGGCCAGCCACAAGUUCAGCUGUCCUCUCUUGGGAGCCUGAGCUGGGGGUGCCUUUCAGGUCUCGGGAGGCCUGAGUUUUCUCCAGUGCCAUGCCCAAGAGGGAUGGUAUGUCUUUUCCCGCUGUGCCAUCUAGGAGAGAGGGUGUGGGAGCAGCCCAAAGCAGCACAGCCCAAAGGCAAGGGGCCAGGUGAGCGUCAGCGCGUGGCAGGCAGGGGAGGGAGCAGGUGGAGAGGACCAGCAGGGGCGGUUUGGGAGAGAAGUUGCAAAUGGGAGAUGAGGCAGGUUGAGGCAGCAGGAAGGCUGGAAGGAGAAAGGCACCUGGGAACUGGAGGAGAGUCCCUGUCAGAGGUCGUGCUCUGCCAGGACAGUGCUCGUGGGACAUCGGUGACAAACCCCCAGCCAGGGAUGCGAGCGGGAGCACCCCGGGGCAAACAGGAGGCAUGCAGAGGAAAAUAAGGUGGCUCUCACCCACCUAACCAGCUCACAGCCCAGCACGGUCAGCAGCUGUGUCAGUAACCCCCUAAACAGCAUUAAAUGAUAAAACUAUUUAGCAUUGUGCAGUGAGGACCCACUGCUGCUCUGCUGGAUGCUAACAGCAAUAACACCAGGUCUCUGCCUCCCCCACUCUGGCACCAGUGAGUACCCACCUUUCUCUUCACCAUCUCCGCCUUAAAAUACCUCCGGCAGCAUCAGCUCCCACGGAGAGCUGGCUGGCCAGCAAAGCCAGGAGCCCCUCUGCUCCUCACGCCACAUCCCACCCACACGUCUUGUUUUCCCAGGUCCCAGCCCCCCUCCCAGCUCCAUGUAAUGCCGCUGUACAACCAUAAACCAAAGGAACGCUGAGCACAAGGCCUGCACACGUCAUUGUAUUUGGUUUAGCUUAGGAUUUUCAGAGCCAGUGGGAAGGUUUUCCGAAGAAAGGGUUCCCGAUGGGAAGCACCUGCCCAGUUCUCUCGUUCCUUGGAAGGGACCAGCCUGUGGCCAGGAAGCCACAGAGGAAGGGCAGGGAAUUAGCUGGAGGGAUGCAGAGGGAUGGGGAUGCUCCUGGAGAUUGUCCGGCAUGGGUGGCCGAGCCCCACCGGUACCACCUGCCACCCACAUAUGCUUCGAGCGUUAAAAGGAGGGCUGAGCAGCUGAAUGCUGGUUACGUUUGGUACAUAAAGCCUACGUAAGUGCUGCAGCCAGCGUGCAGCGCUGUGGUGCGGUGAUGGCUUGCGCUGGCAGCCAGGCAGGUCUUGCAUUAAGCUCUGUCAGAAGAGUCGGAUCGGCAGCACUAAAUUCUGCAGAUUUUCUGUUCCCACCCCUUGCUGUGGGUGACAUCUGAGCCGAGCGAGGAAGCAGCAGGAGCUGCUCCCAGCGAAGGCAGCACCCAGCCAAGGCUUCAGGAGUUCCCACCAUAACGCGCACGGGAAUAUUUUGGGAAAGGCCAUGUAAAUCGCUCCACCCCGAGCUCUGCUGGACACAGCCAGGUCCCCGGCGCUUGGUGCGCUUGUGCGGGGCUGGAUUCAGGCAGCCCAUGCCCGGCCGUGCCGGCUGGGAGGUCCAGACCCCACUGCCCCAAGCCCCUCCGCAGCUCCGGCUGGUUCCCCAGCACAUUGGCAAUAACGGCUGGUGCUCCACAGGGAGAAAAGGGAGAAAAAGAGGAGGAAAUGUUGACACGCAGAGCCUUUUCUUUCAUUUUCUUUGGCAUAUUGUAUGUCUAAAGCUUCAUUUCAGCUGCUGCUGCUGACAUUCCCUCCCUCACAUGAGUGUCAUGAGGAUUCACAGACAAAGGCUGGAAACAGCAUUUGGGAGAUGAAAUGCUUCCAGUGUUAAACACUACUAUUUCUCUCGCUUGAUGGCCGCAUAUAGAUUUUUGUCUCCAGAAUGCCUGCCAAAGCAUUACUCACUGCUGCCUUUCUGCAUCCUGCUAAGCCUUUUCUGACAGAUGUGCCUUCUGCAGGCAAUCUUUUGCCCAGUGCUUUUUCUAAACACCAGCAAUCCUUGCAGCAGUUGCCUAGACAGAAGACCUUGAAAUACAUUGCCUGCUUUCAAAAGCCCUUUUCUUAAUAGCCCCUCGUGUUUUACCAUUGCGAUGCUCCAAAUCCAGACCCUCGGAGGCACUGAGUUGCCUUUAAUUUGCAGUCUCCGCGUAGCAGGGAUGUUGCAGCUGGUACCGCUGCAUGAGAAACCAUACCAGGGCACGGGGGACACAUUUUAAAUGCACAGAACUGAAACAGCUAUGUAAUUGAAAACGUAUAGACCCCGCUGCCCUUCAAAGCUAAGGUGGGAAUUUGCGAAAGAUGCCCUUUUUGGGAUGCAGGAGGUUUUUAAUGACUCAGGUCACUUUUCCAGCAACAGCAUCCGAGGGUUGUUGUGUUGAAAGCAGCAUUAGCAACUCUGGAUUAGCUUCAGACAGCCAAAAGAAGGAAGGAGGGAAGCCCCAUUGCUUGCUUCAGCAGCAGCAAGAGGGUCAGGUCUGUGGAUCUGUGAGACCAAAAAAAAUGCAACUAGCUCCUUUCUUUAAACACCAGUUUCAAUUAAAUGGAGAAACCUGUGGAAGGAAAGCCUGGAGAUGAGCCCGUGGGUGAGGCUGCAGGGCUGAGCUGCAGAGCACCGUGCUCCUUGGGAGGAUGCGGUAGCUGGGCUUGUUAGGAGAACCAGCAAUAAGCAUGCGCCAGGAGAGCACACACUGAAAUACAGCCACAUACUUCAAAGGCUGGUUUUUCUUUAGCAAAUGGAAUUUACAUUUUUCCUCCAGGCCGGAGGAGCGCGGCCGAGCGGCAGGGCAGCGGGACCCUCGCCGAGGCCAUCUGGCCCCUCCGUCUGCCAGCACUGGCCGGUCCCUGCUGCCCCUGCCCUCCCACAGGGCCCAGCCCAGUCCCGCGAGGGGUCGGUGGGCUUCCCACAACCCCCCUCCCACAACUACUUCCAACUAAAUCUCUCUCGGGAGUUUUGUAUGAGAAUUGGCUUCUUGCCCUCGGCCAGCUUUCCUGGCUGGCUGGCCAGCCUGUCCCUCCAUGGAAGGGAGAGCAUCCUGAGGAGGCAGCUGCCGUGCCUCCUCGGUAGAUGUGCUUUUCUUCUACAGGACACUAAAAGUAUCAAUGAAAGCAGCCUGUACUGCAAUGUGCAUUAAAAUCCAUCCUGUGGGUUUAAUCUGUCAUGGCACAAGCCCAGCGCUCGCCUGCAAGGGAAGAGAAUUUUAUUCUGAAGCCAGGAAUGCAAUCUCUGAGAGGUCGGGUUGGGGGGGCCAGAGAUGUCCUUCUGCCAAAACACCCCCCUAUGCCGAGUUGCUGCUGUGCAUGGCACGGGGCAGCCCCUCACCCUGCCCCUCGCCGUGCUGCGGGGGUAGCUGAGGGCGGCAGGCGGCACCCACAGGGAUGGGUGCAGCUGAUGCUGUAAAAGGGACCAGCCCUGCACUGUUAGCCUGUGCAACGUGUCCGAGGAUUCUGUGGCCAAAAAAAUCUGGAGCCAGGAAGAGCUGUUGAGGUCCUGGGAGCAAGGCUGACCGUUGGUCAAGUCGGUUAGAGUAGCUUAGGACUAGUGCGUUUGUGUCUUUGUCAUGGGCCAGGUUUGUCUUCAGGCUCACAACCAAAAACUCCCCGACCAUUUCCAAGGAGACUAAAACACUCCUUAAGGAUCUGAUGCCAGAAGCAUCAAGGCCAGUAGAGAUGGUGCUACGGACCAUCAUCCUGACCCACUCAAACCCAUCACACACGCGCAUCCCCAACACACUCACAAGAAAGCAGAGCUGUGGUCCGGGUGGCACAGAGCGCAGACCGCGGGCUUGCCUCUGCCUCCCCGGAGGCAAGAGCAGACAGAAACACUCCCAAAGCACCCCGAGACUUGAGUGUAUGUUAGCAUUUCUGAGCUCCUGCACGACAUGAGAUAAUUGAUGCUGACAGAUAUAGGUACGUGACCUAUAUAAGACGUUACGCUGAGAACAUGGCUAUGGAAAGGGACUUCUCACAGGACCACUCACGUCUGAAGCGGCAACCCGGAGAUCUGGGUUUGUGCUGCAAAAGCCAGCUAGCGAACAUGAGCCAGAGUGACCCUGAAAUGCUCACGUGUUAAUAAGAGGAGGACCACCAAAGCCCCCCAGCUGGCACCCUGUAGGCAGGGGGAGAGGGGAGGGAGCUGCACUGAGACAGGGCAAAACCACCUCCAGCCCCCAGAGAGGGCAGCUCAGCCCCCCACCGGGAGGGGGGACCUGGGGAGGAGGUGGAGGGCUGGGAGCCGGCCCGACGCCUGCUGCCCCGGCCCCUCAACCACCCAGUCUCUUGGAAAUUGAUGUCGAGUCCAAAUCUCAACAGUCCUGUAGCACAGGCAAGUGGCUCGGGGUCUAAACCCCCUGCCCCAGGCAGGGAGAGAUGACAGGGGCAACACCACCGGUGGUGCUGGGCAAGCAAAUAGGGACAUGUAAAGACCAGCCCCGUUAAACAGCCCAGCCCCCAAUUUAACACCCUCAGCCCUGCUGCCCCCCCCCCCGCUUCCCCCCCCCCCCCCCCCCCCCCCUUCAGCUCGACAAGGGAACAGUGACCGUCACCCUGCCUCUGGGCUCCCCGCCCCCCACCACAUUUCUUCCCGAAGGAUCGCCAGAGGCUGCCACGAUUUUCCUUGUGCUGGUUUCCCGCUGAAUCAUUUCUCCUGCAUGUUUGAUGGCCCAAACUGUAUUAACUGUAAUUUUGUACGAAGAGUGACUGUCCCUUGGUUUAAUAGAGCAUUAGCUAUUGUAAUAAUUUAUUGGCUGUCAGUAAUGUAUUUAUUAGUUACAAAAUGUUAAUAAAGUGCCAGCUCUUUUCUA